AUGUAUACCCAUGUGGUGCGUGUGAACAAGGAGAGUGAGUAUCGAUUCGAGACGGGCGAGACGGCGGUGACGGUGACGGUGCGGUCGGGCCACGCCGAGGUGUUUGGCGCAGAGGCUGCGGUGGGCGCCUCGUAUGUCUUUGCCCCGCAUACAAAGGCGGCAUUCUUCACCUGGCAUGGGGCUGAGCUGGCGGUGGUGGGCGAGCCAGAGUCGGGCUAUGUGGCGGGUGAGACGCCCAUGCCUACCUACGCUAAUGUUCACGGCGCCCUGCAGACGCUGCGUGGCGAGGCAAGCACAAAGGCGGAGCUGACUGGGCCGGUGGUGGUGGUGGCCGGGCCGACAGACGUGGGCAAGUCGUCGCUGUGUAAGAUCCUGGUCAACUUCGCCAUCCGCGAAGGCGCCGCCCCGCUGUUUGUCGACCUCGACGUGGGCCAGGGCGGGAUCACCGUGCCGGGCAUGCUCGGCGCCCUCAUCCUGGAGCGCCCGUUCGAGAUCGAGACCGGGGCGCCCGACGGCUCGCCGCCGUUGGUCUACUUUUACGGCCACGCAUCGCCCGGCGCCAACGCGGCGUUCUUUGAGCGCAUGUUGGACAAGGUGGCCGGCGAGGCGCGCGAGCUGUUUGCGCUCAACGACGAGGUCCGCGCUGCUGGGGCGGUCAUCAACACCUGCGGUUGGAUCGAGGGCGACGGACUUCGGCUGCUCAAGGAGACGAUUGCCAAGUUCCAGGCCGACAUUGUGCUUGUUCUCGAUUCUGACCGGCUGACGCAAGAGCUGACAUCGACGUUCAAGGACACGCCGUCGACCACGGUGGUCAAGCUGGCCAAGUCUGGCGGCGUGGUGACGCGAUCGGCGACGUUCCGGCGGUCGGCAAGGUCUAGCAAGAUGAAAGACUAUUUUUAUGGCCCGCACCGCGACCUUGCGCCGGCGGCCACGACCAUCUACUUUCGCGACGUUCAGAUCUACCGGGUCGGCGCCGACGAGGUUGCGCCGCUUUCGGCGCUGCCGAUCGGCGUCGAGGCCGCUGCCGAGCCCGUCGUCGUUUCCAAGGUUACGCCGUCGAACGAGCUGCGCUCGUGCAUCCUGGCGGUCUCAUAUGCCCAAAGCGAAGACGAGCUGCUCGACGCUAAUAUUGCCGGCUUCCUCCACGUCCAGGACGUGCAAGUCGACAAGGCCAAGAUGAUGGUCCUCGCUCCGAGCCAGGGCGAACUCCCAGGCCAGUUCCUCCUCGUCUCUGACGUUCAGUGGUUUGCCGACUAAAAUGUAUCGUUGAAUCAGGUAGA